AUAGUCUCUCAAACCAAUGGCUUCAUCUUCAUCAUCUUAUUCCUCCACCACUUGUGUGUUAUUCCUCCUUUUCCUCCACUUAUCAUGUUUCACAAACAACCUCAAUGCAAAGCACAGCAAGGCCAACAACAGUCACAAGCACCACCACACUCAAAACCCUCCCUUAAACCCAAGGCUCCACAUGGCCUUUCUUGGCCUCCAAGCAUGGAAGCAUGUGAUCUAUUCGGACCCAAAUAACUUCACUUCCAACUGGGUAGGCCCUUCAGUUUGCAACUACACAGGAGUGUACUGUGCCCCCUCACUUGAUGACCCUAAAGUCACAGUUGUGGCUGGCAUUGACCUUAACUUUGGGGACAUAGCAGGGUUCCUACCCGAUGAAAUAGGCCUUCUCUCUGACCUUGCUAUCCUUCACCUCAGCAACAACCGUUUCUGUGGCAUCCUACCAAUGUCCUUAACCAAUCUCACACUACUCUAUGAGCUUGAUCUUAGCAGCAACAGGUUUGUAGGACCCUUUCCUUUGGUUGUUCUCUCCCUUCCCAUGCUCAACUACCUUGACCUCCGGUUCAAUGAAUUUGAAGGGCCAUUGCCUCCUCAACUCGUCAACAAAACCUUUGAUGCCAUUUUCGUAAACAGCAACCGUUUCACAAGUUCCAUUCCACCAAACUUGGGAAAAAUCUCAGCUUCUGUUCUAGUCUUUGCCAACAACAAAUUUGGAGGGUGUCUCCCAGAGAGCAUAGUGAAUUUGGCUGACACUUUGGAGGAGCUUGUGCUGAUCAACACAAGCUUGUCAGGAUGUUUACCACAGCAAGUAGGGUUUCUAUACAAAUUAAGAGUGUUGGAUGUGAGUUUCAACGACAUUGUGGGCCCCAUACCUUAUAGCCUUGCAGGGUUGUCUCACUUGGAGCAACUAAAUUUAGGGCACAACAUGAUGAGUGGCAUAGUCCCUAUGGGGGUUUGUGAGUUGCCAAACUUGGCAAACUUCACUUUCUCUUACAACUUCUUCUGUGAGGAAGAGGGUAUCUGUAAGAACUUGACAUCAAAGAGAAUAGUGUUUGAUGACAGAAGGAACUGUUUGCCUGAGAAGCCACUUCAGAGGAGCCAGAAGGAAUGUGAGGCCAAACUUGAACACCCUGUUGAGUGUUCUGAGCUUUGUUGUGUUGUUGGGAGCAAUGUGUCUUCUGGUUCUGUGGCUGUUCCACCUGCUGCUGCAAUGCCUGUGGCUGCACCUCUUCUUGCACCAACACCAAGCUACCCUUGAGUAUGAGUUUGUGUUGAUAUGAAUAGGGAAAAUAAAGUUUAAGUUUGAGUUAGGGAGUCACCUUGUAGAUACAAAGUGGUGUGUUGAUUGAUUAAUGUGAGUGUAUUCUGUUGUGUCAUGUGUCUUAUUCCUUGUAAAGUGUUGUGCUUGACAGGAAAUGAGCAAGUUCAUAGAUAUCUCUUGUUUU